GACAUUUGACGAUACGCAACGUAAACGGAGGUUUCGAAUCCUGUGCUCCCUGGUCUCGCGCAGUUACCUCCGGGCCCCGCGCUCUUCAUUUGUUUAUUUUUUCUCUAUGUCUUCAUUCCACGUCGAGGACGCUUCCCGUCCGCACGCUUCAUUUGUUACAAUGGACGACAACAUCGAUUGUGACGCGCUUAUAAGUGCAAUAAAAUCACAAGAACUUAUAUGGAAUUAUAAACUUGAUGACCACAGUAACAAAAUAAAGAAAAAUAAUGCAUGGGCAACUAUUUGUGAGAAACUAAUUGAAAACUUUAAAGAAAACCCGGUGGCGGAAAAAAAUAAAAUCGCUAUGUCAUUACAGAAGAAAUGGAAAGUAUUAAGAGAUGGGUAUACCAGGUAUACGAGAAAAAUUAAACCAAAGAGUGGUUCAGCAGCCACCAAGAUACGACCCUACCCAUAUUAUGAGCAGUUAUCAUUUUUAAAGAUCAUUGAGGAAAGACCAGACAAAUCAGACAGUUUGGAAGAAAAAUCUGAAGGGAACGAUCAUAAUAAAGAAUCUGCAAAAAAAAAUUAUAGUGCUUUAAAAAGAAGACAUAAAACUGAGGACAACCUAAUUGAAAAAUUAUCUAAACGUAUUGAUGAAAAACCCAGUUCAAAUCUUGCAGUAGAAGAUGAUGACAAAUUGUUCUUACUAUCACUAGCUGGAGAGUUUAAAAAAAUUAAAGAUCAAUAUAAAUUAGAUGCAAGGUCAGAAAUCAUCAACGUAAUUAAAUACUUUAAAGGAAUAUCCCAGCAUACACAGUCAAGCUAUUAUGGUGAAAAUAGAGGAUAUUUUGCACAUUCAGCUAGUGAGCAACGUGGACUUAAUUACAACUAUUCAAGUUACAACAAGGGUUAUCAAUCUGCACCCUCUACAUCAACAAGUGACCAGCCUUAUAACUCUGCACCAGUCUCAGCUAAUGAUGAGUUUUCUCAGUCAUCCUAUGAAGACCUUCCACCUUCGUCUGUUCUAUCUGAUGAUAUUAUUACUGAUAUAUUCAAUGAAUAAACAAUAAAAAAAUACCACUUUUUUUACUAACCUCAGUGUUACAGCUAGCCUUUCUU